AUGCGGAAACUAACUCUCCUAUUUAUCGUUUUCGGCCUCUAUUCCUCGUUUGCUUCUCCGGCCUGGGAUACUGUCGAGCUACCAAGCCUGCUAGCUCAAGUCCGGCUCCUCUCUUCGCUCCAUCUCCCUACUCAGCCUCGCGCAGGCAGGGAUGGCGGUGAUCCUUAUGCAGAUGGGAUUUUUUGCGGGGACAUUGAUGAUUUACUAUGGUAUAACAUUGAUGAAAUGCGGGACGACCUUCUCACCAUUCAAAACGAAACCACCAACGUGCAAAACCGAACCGAGCUUGCUCUCUCGCUGGCCAAACGCCUAGAAGCCAGGGCAGGUAUCAAGAAUCUUCGCGCCAAGACAAAAAUCUUUGCAUGUGAUGGGGAGCGCUUGAGCACUAGAUUUGUUCGGGUGGGCUCCUGUCUGGAGGCCCUGAACACAACCAAGGUCUUCGAACCCUGCGGUUAUUUGGUGGACAAACUCAACGCAACUUCGGAGCUAGAAAACGAAAUG